GGCCGCCUUGCCCGGAUGACGGCCGGGUCGCGCGGUCACGUGACGGACGCGGAGGGCGGAGCGGUUCCAGGCGUCCGAUUUGUCUGCUCCUCCUGGCCGUGCCGCGCGGUCGGCUCUCGUGGGGUCCGGGCCUCCCGGGGACGGUGCCGCUUACGUGCGGGGCCGAUUCCUAAACCAAAGUCAAAACUAACGAGAGGAGAUCGUUCUGGGCAAGAUAAGCUGGAAACGUUGGCCUGUGACCGAAAAAGCCAGUCUGAUGUGAGUGGAGAUGAAUGGGAUGCAGAAUCCCAGCUGGCUCCCCGGAUGGAAGCUCUAGCAGACGAAGUGCCUCCAGAGAGAGCCAUGCCAAACCUGCAGCUGCUUCCCAUGCCGGAGCCCCACUGGUAUCCCAGGGGUGGACAGGGUGGUCUGUCUGGAUGGACUGCACCAAAUAGAGUUCAGUAGCUGGUUCAUCUGAAACGUGUCCUGGUACAUCCUGUUCAGGUCCUGUGAGACAGAGAGGGAAGUUGGUAAGACAAAGAUAUUUGCAGAGGUCUUCUCACAUUCUACAGACAGUCAUGAUGGAGAAUGCAGUAUCUGGUGGGCAUAUUUCUGUCUGUUCAUCAGAGGGCUUGGAAACCAACAUUCUACGUAUGUGGAAAACAUUGAUGUCUUCUGAGAAGUAGUGCCCUCUGAAGAUAACGUCUUCCUGAGCUCUCCAACAGAGACACUUUUUUUUUGCUCCAGCCUUCAUGGACAAACACCACUGGGCAGAAGAGAUCUGUGCAGACACACAGCAGACGUCUGUGUGCAGAGGGACUCUGCUCAUCCCAUUUCUCUUCCCAUCUACGUCUCGUCCCACUCUGCGCAUUUUGAAGGGCUGACUCUCUUUCCAUCUCCUGAGUCGUGCCUCCCCUGGUCAGCAAAGGACCGCUACUGCAAUGGAGUCAUCCAAACUCAGAGAAAUAAUAGAUGUCCAUUUAUUGAGAGCUUUCUUAACAGCCAGCAACAAGCUAUUGGAGGUAACAUUGGCCAAUGGGCUGAUUGCAAGGAAUAAUGUUAGAUGUAACAAAUGUAGGCAAAGGCUGUGACAAAGAGUCAAAGAAUAACAGAUGACAAAGAGAAAAGGCAGAAAAUGGAGAAAGAGGGACAGACAGCAAAGCGCUCGUAGAUCCAGCCGCGUCCUGGUGUCAGGUACGGAUCUCUAAUGUGAUGGGUUGUCAUUGGACAACGACUGACAACGACUCACGACAACAGUAGGAACUCACUGAGAAGUCCAAAGCGGUGGCACUCAGCCGCCUGCCAGCACUCCCCCACAGCUGUGCCUGUGCGCCCCGGGGGGGCAGGAGCACAGGAGAGGCCCCUUCCAUGGGGACAGAGCCCUCUCCCCACGCCCAACUGCGCAGCCCCAAUCUGGGAGGGGCUACCGAGCACGGCGGUCAGAUGGGCAGCAGCCCAUCACAAACCACACGCAGGGUGCUGCUCGCAAAGUACGCCAGGGAAGCGUACGUUGCCCGGGGCAGCACUUGAGGCAGGAGCCGAUAGAAGAGCUCCUGGUCGAAGUGCUGGGCAUACAGCACUGCAGAGCCCAGCACAACAACGAGGAGCAGCUGGAGGCAGACCAGGAUGAGGCAGAUCAUCCUGUGGGGCAGAAGAGAAAGGGGGCUGGGAAUGAGGCACACCCACCCCACAGCUGUCGACGGGUGGCUUGCUAGCCAAGGGGGCCAUGGGCCCCUCGAACAGCUGUACGAGCAGGACAGGGCGGGAGGCUCUCAAGAUGUACAGAUGGAAAAAUACUAGUAUGCUACCUGCGAGGACACUGUAUCCUUGAGCUCCAAAGUAAACGACCACGGAGGAACUUGGUUUGGAGAUAAGGAAGUAACCGCGGGUGUGCCGCAGAGAUAGUUCCUAAGGCAUGAAAACGUGUGUAGCCCAUCACCUUUGUGAGUAAGGGGUAGUUACGGGGUUGUUAACUUAUCAGCUUGUGGCAAGUUUACUAAUAUGGUUAUAAAUAGUCUCCCUUUAACAAUAAAGCGGGGUUUUCCUGAUGCA